CCGGAGGGGGGAGGGGGAUGAUCCGCCUCCGACUCUCUCUUUCUCUCUGUAAGCAACUUGUUCCUCAGUUCGACUGUAAACACUCGUCUUCCACCUCAGAGAACAAACACAGCCUCACUAGCAUGUCGUCUCGAGUGUGAAGAACAGUAUGCUGAGCAACGGAUGCAAAACGUUUUUCUCCAAAUAUUCCGGAUUUCUGGCGGAUUUUGAGUCUCCUACGGGAUAGAGAGCGAAGCUUCCGCGGAGGGAGGAAGAGCGACGCGAUGGGAAAUAUGAUACUGAUGGCGCUUCUGCUGGCUCACCUGCCAACAGAGCUGCUGUCCAUCCAGGUGAUUGUUCCAGAGACGGAGAGGAGCACGACUCUGUUUGCCUCUGUGAUCCUUCGCUGUGACUACUCGACCUCAGCAAACCCUCAGGAUGUGCUGGUCACCUGGAGGUUCAAGUCCUUCUGUAAAGACCCGGUGCUGGAGUACUACUCCACAGCCUUUCAGGCCGCUCUGCAGCUGGGUCAGGACCCCUCCAACGACUGCCCGGACCGCCAGCGAACUAUCCGCACUGUGAUCCAGAAGAGGGGCGUUAAUGAGCCCACCCUGGGUGCAGAAUACAGAAUACGCAAAAUAACCAUUCAAAACAAGGCUGACCUGGUCAUCAAUGAGGUGAUGUGGUGGGAUAAUGGCGUGUAUUACUGCACCAUCGACGCUGCCGGUGACACGACGGGCGACUCGGACCGUGAAAUCAAACUUAUCGUUUACCACUGGCUGACCGUCCUGUUAAUCAUCAUCGGUGCUCUCCUGCUCAUCAUGCUCCUCUGCAUAUGUUGCUGCCAGUGCUGCCCGCAGAAGUGCUGCUGCUACGUCCGCUGCCCGUGUUGUCCACAGACUUGCUGCUGCCCGGAGAAAGCUGUGAUGCAGCACAGGAUGAUACGAGAGGCUCAGAAGGCUAUGACUCCUUGGAUGGACGGUCAACCCAUUUAUGCUCCCAUUAGCUCCAACGCCUCCUCCCAGGGCGUUCCCAUACUGUACUCAGGCUCGUACUCUGACUACCCCACCAAACAAAACUUUGCCAUGGCUCCCAUGCAGCUGUCACCCAUGGCCCUGCACCAUCAGCAUCAGCAACAGCAACAGCAACAGCAUCAGCAACAGCAUCAGCAUCAGCCUCCUCCUCAUCCACACCACUUGAACGGCAGUGUGCAUGGCAGCAAUCGUGGCACUGGUCAGGUGUUGGACUAUCUGGAAAAUCAGGUGAGGGGGCUGGAUGUGGGAGCACUUCAAACGGUUCCAUACGCUCACCAAAAUAUGCUCCCAUUACAGCCUCACCCGGCUCCUCAAGCAGUUCCCUACACACCAGGGCCCCCGAGUAUGUUGUCAGCCCUGGAUGAGAUGGGCGUGAGAGGGGUAGAGAGAAGGGUGAUCACCCUGCCUCCUAUAAUCCAGCGGGUACCCAGCUUUUCCUCACGCAGGGGGCCUGGUGGUGGAGGCAGAGGUGGUCCCAGAAUAUCCAGCCAGUCCAGUGGGAGUACAAACCACCCCGGAGGCGGUCUCCCCCGCGACAGUCGUGGCUAUAGGGACGUCUCUCCACCCAGACGAGGGAUCCUGCGCGAUUACAGCGAUGACUCCGAAUGGGAGAACAGGCGAGCAGGAGCGCCACACAGGAGUUCGAGGAACAAGAGAGGAGGCUCGGCCGGGAGGAGAGGAGGUGGCUCCAGACCGCGGACUCGUAGUCGCGACGACCUGAUGGAGGAGCUACACAGCAGAGCAGCUCGGAGGGAGAGGAGCUAUUCGCCUCCUCAGCGUCGCAAAGGAUCCUGGAGCUCAGAUGAGGACAGCAGCGGAAGGAAAGGAGGUAAAGGGAAGGAUUGGCCUGAGAAGCCCCCCAGCUACUUCUCCAUCGAGAACCAGCCAGGACGUAGUAACGGUCAGAGGAACUACGACCGCCUUUCUGAUAGAAGUUCCCGUAGCGGCACCAGCGUAGUCAUCUGAAGCAUUUCUAUUUUAUUUUUUUUUUCUUGUACUUGUUCUUGAAUGUUUCCAGAACGGUGAAAAUGAAGACAAACAGUAGGUACUUUCAUCUGUUCAAUCAGCCUGCAAGAAUAUAGUUGUUGUGAAAUGUAAUAGUCAUGAAAAUGUACUGUAUGGAUAUACUUUUACUCUGAAUGCACUGUAUGUUAGUGUAACAAAAACUAUCAUGUAUGCAUGAAGGAAAGCUGUUCAUUUGUGCCUUUGAAUUGCAGAUGUUAUGAAGCCCAUGUGUGAUUAUUGUCCGAGCUGUUUUAAGCGGUGUAAUUUGUGUCUGGUGAUGGAUGGAAGUAUCUUUUUUGUGUGUUUUUUAAAUAAAUGUUCAACAGUUUCAACAAGCAGAAUGUUGCAUACUGUGAGAUCCUUUGGGUUAUUUAGGUUCAUUGUGAACACGUAAUGUGUGAGACAGAUACAGUGUGUGUGGUUUUUUUUUUUUUGAAUAUAUUUUCAAAAUUUUGCAUAAUUUCUUGUACUAUUUAAAGUGUCGUUUUUUUACCUUUCACCCAUAAUAACAUCAUUAGACAGCGAUAUAAAGUGUGUUGUAUGAAGAUGGACAGAGUUGGUGGACUUACUGAGUUUAUUGAAUGAUCAACACAGACAUAAUUGGGAUUUUCAUGAAUGAAUGUUUUAAAUAAACCUUUCUACAUAAA